AGUCUUCUUUUUAAUUUUGUCGGGUAAAAAUGAAGUUUUUAGUGAUUGUGCAGUGUUUUGUGGCACUAGCUGUCGCUGCACCCCAAGGAUACCAAUAUGGAUUACCAAAAUUCUCAGGGGAUGCUAGUUUAAUCGGUGCUGGAUCUGGAGCACAUUUUAGCUCACUCGGUGGUUCUGGUAGUGCUUCGUCAUUUACAUCGGGCGCGCAAUUUAGUCACCAACAUUUCCGACAAUAUGCUCCUGAAAUCCAAAAACAUGUUUACGUCCACGUUCCACCCCCAGAACAUGAAGUUCUCGCCGCACCACGAGUUAUCAACUUUGACCAGCCGAGAAAACACUACAAGAUAAUAUUCAUCAAAGCCCCAUCUCCUCCCGCGUACCAGGCACCAAUUAUUCAACCUCCAGCCCAAGAUGAGGAGAAAACUGUGGUGUAUGUUUUGGUGAAAAAGCCCGACCCGCAGCCGGAUAUUCACAUCCCAACCCCAGCACCAACUGUACCGGCCAAACCUGAGGUGUACUUCAUCAAGUACAACACACACAAGGAUAUUGGUUCAGAUAUUCGUUCCCAGCCAAUUCCCCAUGCACCCACGGCUCACACACAGAGUGGUGCUGGUAGCUCAUUGAAUCACUUGUCUGCACAUUCAAGCAACACUGGGUCUGCAUUCACAGGAUCUGGCCUAUCAAGUGGCUCCAGCCAGUUGAGUGGUUCUAGCCUUGGUGGUUCUGCUGCCUCAGGUUCUCGUGUUUCUGUACCACAUACACAAUAUGGUGUACCUUUGUAAAUCACACGUAGAACUUUUUUUUCUUCUAUUUUAAGAAACAAAAAUUUAGCUAAACUCUUUGUGAAUUUUCUUUACGGGAAAUUACAUUUAUUUCAAAAAAUUCCCAUAUUUUCUAUGUCACAGACCUUUUAUACUGAUUUGAGAGAGAGAAAAUCAAAUUUUCAGUGUUAGGAGGUUUAAAUUUAAAAUUAGCUACAUCAUUGUGCAUUUAUUAAUGUGCGAGAGAUAUUGUAAAAACAAAAAAUAUAGUAAAAAAAAAUAAAACAU